UCUGUCAGUACCGAGCACAGCUAGAGGGAGAGAAGAGGAGAUGGCGGUGGCUGAGACGCAGCUGUAUGCAAAAGUGUCUAACAAACACAGAAGCAAAAGCCCCUCUGCACUCCUUGAAUCUCUCCUGGCCAAAGGAUUCCCAGCUCACAUUGCGCAAAAAGCCUUGGUUGCUACAGGUCAAAAGUCAAUAGAAGAUGCUGCAAAAUGGUUGCACUCUCACUGCAACGAUCCCUCUUUGGAUGACCCUAUCCCCCAGGAAUAUGCUCUUUAUUUGUGCCCCACUGGCCACUUGUUUAACUGCCUGCAAGAGUUUCGGAAGGAGAGCAAGCGCCAGUGUGGGAAGAACAGAGCCCAUGAGAUUUUCCCUCACAUCACACUCUGUGACUUCUUUACGUGUGAAGACCAGAAAGUGGAGUUACUGUAUGACAUCUUAAAGAGAAUCUGCAACAGCUUUGCACAGAAAUUUCCACCAACUAUUUCCCUAUCACUACACUCAUCCACCAGCUACCUUGGUUUCUUUGUUGGUGACAGCCACGCAAAUAUCCUCAAAGAAUUUGCUGCGGCCUUCUCUUCAGAGGCUUCAGCCCUAGCAGACUGUCACGUGAAGCCCUGCCUAAAGCAGCUCCACCUUACCUUGGCUCACAAGUUCUGUCCUCACCACCAGAAGACUUUGGAGCAACUUGCCAAAUGCAUUAACCCAGAGGAGACCUGCCUCUGGGUAGCUGCUCUCUACUCAAGGGACAUGCGUUUUGUGCAUUACCAGACACUGCGGGCUGUCUUCCAGUACAAGCCCCAGAAUAUUGACGAGCUCAUGAUCAAUGCUGGGGAUUUCAUCUACGUCAACCCAACGCAGCAGUCCGAAGUCAGCGAAGGCUGGGUCAUCGGGACCUCACACCAGAGUGGGUGCCAGGGUUUUAUUCCUGAAAACUACACAGAGAGAGCCAACGAGUCAGACACGUGGGUUAAGCACAGAGAAUAUGCUUUUGUGCCAGCUUCAAAAUUUUUCACCCAAUCCACAAAUGAACCUAAUGUUAAGCUGAAUGGAGAAGUCCGUAAUCCUGUUAUGUCAAGGAGUGUAACCGAUGUUCUUUCACUUCAGCUUUCUCAGAACACCAAUCUGCGAAGAGGUAUGUUGGUGAUGCGCCAUGGGGAAAGAGUUGAUCAGGUCUUUGGGAAAUCUUGGCUUCAACAGUGCUUAACUGCAGAUGGAAAAUACGACAGAGCAGACCUCAACUUUCCUUCCACCCUACCAAAACGGAAAGAUGGCAUAAAGCAUUUUGAGCAUGAUCCUCCUUUAUCUUCCUGCGGUGUUUUCCAGUCAAGACUUAUAGGGGAAGCCCUGCUGGACCAGGAGGUGAUAGUCAGCUACAUGUACUCGUCACCCGCCCUACGCUGCAUACAGACAGCCCAACAUGUACUACAAGGGCUUAAAUUAGACCAAAAAGUCAAAAUCAGAGUGGAACCAGGACUGUUUGAAUGGACCAAGUGGGAAGCAAGCAGAGUAAUUCCAAACUUUAUGACUCUCACAGAACUGACAGAGGCUUCUUACAACAUAGAUACAAGUUACAGGGAAAACAUCCCACUCUCUUCUCUGGUCCCAUCAGAAAGUUAUGAGGAAUAUGUGAGCAGAAGCUCUGCAGUUAUAAAAGAGAUCGUCACUGCCUGCCCCAGCAAAGGUGUCAUCCUUAUUGUGGGGCAUGGCUCUUCCUUGGCAUCUUUCACCCGACCUCUGAUAGGACUCCCUGCCAGAGACAGCAGUGACUUUGCCAAUGUGGUCCGAAAGAUCCCUUCUCUGGGCAUGUGUUUCUGUGAAGAGCUCAAAGAGGAGAAGAAAUGGCUGAUGGUUAACCCUCCAGUGAAGACAUUAACUCACGGAGCAAAUGCAGCAUUUAACUGGAGAAAUAGUAUCAUGGAAGGUUAGAAGGCCAGCUUUGUCCUUGCAGCUCACAAAAGCAAGGUGAAGAUAGCUUAUGGUACAGCACAGUCCAGUGAUAAAUCUAGAAAAGUUAGAGUGAAUGAGAGUUAUCCUCUCUGAGCACUCAAAGCACAGAAAGCAGUUUGGUGCCUGAACUUUGCUUUUUUCUCAGUAACUGAGGAAAAAGAACAUGGGAUCUGGCAUACAAGAGAGCAAAUUCUACUGCUAAUGCACUCUAGUAGACAUUAUUACAUCUUCCAAGACCAAAAUACAACCAGUUCAGAUGCAGUAAAAAUUACUUGUUUCAUGCACUUCUAUAUUUUCAGUCAGGCAGAGAAAUAGAGACUGAAAAAAGCAGUCUCCUGCCCAGAGAUAUCAGCUCUACCUAAAGCCAGUUGAUUUCCUGUUGACUCCUCUGGUUCUGCAAGAGCACAGGAGGAGGGGAAAUACCAUACAGACAACAUGUUUACCUCUGCUACAAAAUAGGUUCAUUUUCCACCACAGCAAUUCUCCCGCUAAGUGUUUCCACAGUGAUCACUGUUUUAAAAAAAAGGCUUUCCUUCAGAGAAAAUUGAACCAAUUGCUUUACUGUUACUGGGGAAACAAAGAUGCCUGUGUUACUAUACCGGUGACAAAACCUUGAUUUGAGCAACUCUAACUGCAGAACACUUCCUGAGAUGGCACUGGCAGGACAACAGCCAUGCUGUGUGCUGCUCUGUGCCAAAUCAUAUAAAUGGUGACACACUGCCA